ACACACACAUUCACACACACACAUUUAGACAGGAGCCGGUGCUGAGCCUCUCACAUUGAUAUGAAGGACACACACAUGGACAAGACGCUCUGCUUGUGAUCUAAGAAAAAGGUCAAGAGGUCAAGAACGUCAGCAGCAAAGCAACAAACCAACUUUCAUCAGGAACACAACCAGGAUCAUGGCUCCCAUCUACAUGGACCUGCAGGUGUGGGAGGCGGCGAGCGUCCCGGGGAUGGCGCUCUUCUCUGUGGCCAUCCUCCUCGUCCUGACCAUCACGCUCCUCGCGCUCUGUACCAGCUGUCAGAGACAAUCGUUUACUCUGGACAGCAGAAGUGAAGUGGAGACAAACUCGUCUACGUUAGUUCGAGUUGUGACGCCGGGAAAUGCUGCAGAGAUCCCUGCUCCUGAGCGGAAUCUGACCCUGAUGCCCGAGGACUUACAGCUCGGCCCCAACGAACAGUUCAAAGCCUGGAGGAGUCACACGCUAGAACGCAACACACAGACGACGGUAAACGGUGGCAUGAUGACGAUGUAGGAUGUCUGACGAUGAGUACGCAAGCUAAACACUGCCAUCUCCGAUAGCUUAGUCACACGUUAUUAGACCCAUAAACUAGAUUUAAACAGAGCUUCUGUCUUUGACCCAUCAAUGCGCUUAUCUCCAGUAGGAACAGCAUCAUAGUGCUCAGGAUUUAACCACUGUUAUUGAAUUGAGUCUCGAAUUGUGUCCACGCACACACUGAAAAUGCUUAUCCCUAAAAACCAGACUAAAGCUUUUAGAAAAGUUACUAAUAACUGAUAUCUCCCACGCCUUGCUGUUGCCAUCCCAACACUAGCACAUCUACCAAACUGUCAGAGAGAAGAAAGAUCCAGAAAUGUUCACGAGUGGAGCUCGAAAUGAAUCUGCGUUACAUCAUGACCCACUGGCCGAAUACGGGUAUGAGUAAGAAUAUCAAGGGGUUCUAGCGUGCCACAUGACUCAGAGGAACCUGCUCUUCCAUCUUCAGCGUGAACAUAAAGAACUGAAACUCUGAGAGAACCAACAGCACACACUCUUUAUAAAAAUGGGGUCCUCAAACUUUCUAUUUUUUUUUAAAGAAAGUUCUAGUUUUCUACAUGAAACCGAAGGAGAAGCCGUAAAUACAGUUUCCAGGAACGAGACAAACCUUCAUGGUGCUCACAGAGAGGGAGCUUUCCACAAUCACAGCAAAUUUCAUGGAAAUGCACUGAUAAACAUCUGUAUUUUAUUUUCUACUACAAUAAUAUGUUUAAUGUUUUAUCUGUUCCAGCUGUCUGGAUGAGGUGUCGGUCAUGUUAUCAUGCAAACAUAUGAGGUUUAAAAUGUUAUAGAAAGCGUAUGUGGAGGUUUAAUUUUACCUUCGGUGUCGGGGAAUCUGAAAUAUCUGAAAUGAAGUCUAUUAGCACUAAAAGUGAAGUAUUUCUAGAGUUAUUCAAUGUCUAAUAUUUUAUAUUGUGCUUUUAAAUAUAACUAACUACAAUAGAAGCGAUUAACAACUAACAAGGAUUAAAUGGAUGCAAAAGAAAACAGCAGCAUUAGUAAAGUUACUGGGUAAAUUAUUUCCCAUUUAAAAAGAUACCGGGAUGUUUUACGGUCUGUAAACUGAGUGAUGGAAAAGACCUCAAUCCAGCUCACACUUCAGACUGACUGUAGAAACGGUUCACGCUCUGCCUCGUCUAGCGGUUUUGUGUGUUUUUUCCUGACUAGAGAUUCCGAAAGUUUCCCUUGGUUUCUUCAUACUCAAGUUCGUACUGUAUGAUGAUGAACGACAAUCGGCUUUAAAAGACCAGAUGUGAUCUAAAUGUGCUGGUUUAUGUUUAGUCGCACACACAAAACACUAUAAAGUCAAAUCCCUCAGAGUGCAAUAGUGCAGUAAUGCAGCUCAGCCACUGCAGCUCAUCUCUCUACACAAAUGCUAACUCUGCCUCCUUUUAUCGGGUGCCAUUACUUUUGUCCCAAAUACUAGUUUGGCAGUACUUUUGAAUAGCAAUAAUAAUAAUAAUAGCAAGUCUUAUUGCACCAUGUUGAGCUCAUUAAUAUAAAAUGACUUAGUUAAUCUUACAUUAAUGUGUAAAUAAUGUAAACAAGACAACGGAGAGGUUCAGUUCACACGACCUCAGGAGCUAAACGAACUGGAUUUUCCUGAAGGCCACCCUUCUUGUGUAAACACUCUGCAAACUAUUUCGAGUAAAUCCGUCCGUAUACGGCGUGAUACGCGAGUCCUUGUGUGGGCCGUCAUCAGUCAAUCAGUAAUCGCCUGCAGGAGCGCUUCACCAACAGGGUGUGAGCCGUAACAUAACCCAAGACCUCGUGUGGGUCUGUGUGACUGAAAACAUGCAACUAGUUAACUCCUUGUAACCUCUUUUCUUUUAAACUCUUAUGUACACAGUGCAGUGUCGUGAAAAUAAACGAGAGAAAACA